AUGGCCUCGACAUCAGGCGGUCCGUCAAGCUCCAAGCCGCCGCCGCCGACUGCAGCGCCCCCGAGAAAGCCGUCCGUGUCCGCGAAAGCCACCGCCGACCCUGUCCUCCGCAACGCAUUGCGGUACACCAUCUCCGCGCGCGAAUAUGCUACGCUGCACAAGUACGUGCUGUCGCGCUCGCGCGUGCUGAAGAAACGCGCGCCGAGCGUCGAGGCUGUCCAGCGCAUCAUGCACGGAGAUGCCUCCCCGGCAGGACCUGGUGCGAGCCGUAAUGAUAAGGCUUCAGACAAGGGCAAGGCACCCGAGACCGGUCACGGAGCUGGUGCAAUGGUAGGAGCAGACGAUUAUAAUGCUCGCGCGGUGCGGCAUUCAUUGCGUGUCUUCCUUACGACAGCUGCUGUGAUGAAGCUAGGGGGCCUCAUCUCGGCGCGAUUGAUGGGACAGAAGAAGGAUGCUGGUGCAUCAGCUCAGAAGAAGCAGCCGCUCUAUAAGUCCCCGACACUCAGACUCUCAUUGUCUCUGAGCACGAUUCUUCUCCUGUAUCGACUCCUAUUCCGGUUCUUCACCAGGCUGCGGCUUCAUCUUCUCGACCCGUCGGCUACCCCUUUCCGUUUGCGCAACCCGAGGACAGCCAACACUCUAACCUCGCCAUAUGCACCCGCGGUGGGCGCCUCUCUCGCCGGUCUGGCGCUCGGCAUUUACCCUGCGCAACAGCUUCGGGUGUCGGUAGCGAUCUACACCAUGUUCCGCGCCCUUGAGUUCGGCUGGAAUAUGGCAGAGGAUGGUGGCAUGGUCUGGGGAUGGGAGAAGAACGGCAAGGUCAAGAAAGAACGGCCGUGGUGGUUCGGCAGUUGGAUGCUGCAGCCAUUCGCAUUCGGGCAGCUGCUCGAUGCUGUCGUGUUUGAUAGGGAUUGUUUCCCUGCGGGAUUCGGCGAUUUCAUCUUCAACAGAUCCUCGGCUUACUUGCCUGCUAAGCCCAAGGACUAUCCUACAAAUGUCGCGUGGCCGAGCACUUACCAGGUCGUGGAUAGCCUCGCGCAGAUGGCGCGUCUGAACUGGCCACCAUUUAUCUCGCCAACACUCUUCCCAGGCAAGGAGGACACGCUGCCACCAUCCCUCUCGGUGAUCGCGCCGUUGACAGCCCCAGCGCAUCCCCUCAUCACAUCCCUGAGUUGCGCGACACUUCACCCGUCUGAUCCCUCCUGCAGCCGCACAUUCCUCACCUUCUGGCUGCGAUCCUUCCCACCGCUUACACGCUUAUUCCUAAUCCUCUACUCGGCGCUCGUCCUUCCCAAAUUCAGAUCAUUCUACAACUUCCCCGUCUCGACGCUCAACCAAGUCGCCGCCCGCGCUCUGCGCAUGAGCGCCUUCCUCACGGGCUCCAUGUCGACGGCGUGGGCCAGCAUUUGCUUCUUCCAGAGCUGGUUCCCGCGCGGGUUCCUGCCCACGCAGCGCUUCUUCCUGGGCGGCUUCCUGGCGGGCUUCUGGGCGUGGAUCGAGAGGCGGCACGGCCGCGGCGUCUUCCUGUACUCGGCGCGCGUCAGCGUCGACAGCCUGUGGAAGGUUGGUGUGAAGCGGCGCUGGUGGAGGGCGAUGAAGGGCGGCGACGUCUGGGUGUUUGUGCUGGCGGUCAUGCUGACGGGCGUGGUUUACGAGAGGGAUGCGAAGGCGGUGCGGGAGAAGGGCUGGCGGAAGGGAAUAUCGUGGGUGCGCGGUGAGGGGUGGAGGGACUGGGCGCUUGAGGAGGAGGUUGAUGAUGGCGAGGAACAAGAAGAUGAGGACCGUGAAGUGGAGGAGUUUGAGGCGGAAAACUGA